UGCCGCCACGUUCAAAUCAGAGGUGUUGUGUUGAUGACGAAGAAAAAGAGAAGACGAAAGCCACCACCAAACUCUCAACAAACCUCUCUUUUCAGACCCGAAACUCAGCACCUGCCUUCAAGGGUUGAAUCUGUUGUUUGUACAAAGUUUUAUUCUCACAACAAUUCUCAAGAAUUUUGGUUUCAUUUUUCUGGGAACAAAACAGAGUGUUAGUAUUCAGCUGUUUGCGUGUGUGUUUUGUUGUUUUUUAUUUGACAACCCAACAUGGAUAUCCCGCUGUCUCGUAAUCAGAACAUGUCAUUGGAUCAGAUCCAGAGUAAUUGUGGCUUGCCGCAUUUGUUCUCAGUUGACGAGAUUCUGAGAGAAAAGUCCUUUUCUCAGUGUUUGCUUCCAUUCAACAGAAGAAAACGGAGGACCCCAUUUUCUCAGAUCAGGUGUUCUUCCUUGGAACAAGGUCUGCAACCACGGCCCAAGCCGAAACCUUCGACUAUUGAGCUGAAUGUGGGAAAAGAAGCUCAAGUAAAUGAAACCCAACUCAGGAAACCCAGUUCAGAGCUAUGUGGUCAGAUCGAGAAAUUAGUUUUCUUUAAGAGGUACCAUGAGGCACUUGAAUUAUUUGAAAUUUUAGAGUUGAAUGGUGCUUAUGAAAUGGAUAGCGAGACAUAUGAUGCAUUAGUGAGUGCGUGUAUUGGGUUGAAAUCAAUUAGAGGGGUGAAAAAGGUGUUCAAUUAUAUGAUUAAUAGUGGGUUUGAUCCAGAUGAGUAUUUGAGGAACAGGGUUUUGUUAAUGCAUGUAAAAUGUGGGAUGAUGAUUGAUGCACGUAGAUUGUUUGAUGAAAUGCCAGAAAAGAACAUUUUGUCCUGGAAUACGAUAAUCGGGGGACUUGUGGAUGCUGGAGAUUAUUUCGAGGCAUUCCGGUUGUUUCUAAUGAUGUGGCAGGAAUUUUCUGAUGCUGGGUCCCGGAUGUUUGUGACAAUGAUUCGGGCAUCUGCUGGACUGGGGCUCAUUUUUGCUGGAAGACAAUUACACUCUUGUUCUUUGAAGACAGAUGUAGGUGGAGAUGUUUUUGUGGCUUGUGCACUGAUUGACAUGUACAGUAAGUGUGGGAGCAUUGAAGAUGCUCAGCGUGUUUUUGAUCAGAUGCCAGAGAAGACCACAGUAGGAUGGAAUUCCAUUAUUGCGGGUUAUGCACUUCAUGGUUAUAGCGAGGAAGCAUUGAGUAUGUAUUAUGAAAUGCGGGAUUCUGGCGUCAAAAUAGACAAUUUCACUUUUUCAAUUAUUAUAAGAAUAUGUGCUAGGUUAGCUUCAUUAGAACAUGCUAAGCAAGCUCAUGCAGGUCUAGUUCGUCAUGGUUUUGGUUUAGAUAUUGUAGCUAACACAGCGCUUGUGGACUUGUAUAGCAAAUGGGGAAGGAUUGAAGAUGCGAAACAUGUUUUUGACAUGAUGCCUCACAAGAAUGUCAUAUCUUGGAAUGCCUUGAUUGCAGGUUAUGGUAAUCAUGGUCGAGGAGUUGAGGCUGUUGAGAUGUUUGAACGGAUGCUUCAUGAAGGAAUGGUGCCUAACCAUGUCACUUUUCUUGCUGUUCUGUCUGCUUGUAGCUAUUCAGGUUUAUCAGAUCGUGGUUGGGAGAUUUUUGAAUCGAUGAGUAGGGAUCACAAGAUUAAGCCCCGAGCAAUGCACUAUGCUUGUAUGAUUGAAUUAUUGGGUCGAGAAGGGCUUUUGGAUGAAGCCUUUGCAUUGAUAAAAGAUGCUCCUUUUAAGCCUACAGUGAAUAUGUGGGCUGCCUUGCUGACAGCUUGUAGGGUGCACAAGAAUUUAGAGCUCGGAAAAUUUGCUGCUGAGAAACUUUAUGGAAUGGGGCCUGAAAAGCUGAGUAAUUAUGUUGUGCUUUUGAAUAUAUAUAACAGUUCUGGCAGGUUGGAGGAAGCUGCUGCUGUCAUUCAGACCCUGAAAAGAAGGGGUUUAAGAAUGCUUCCUGCAUGUAGUUGGAUUGAGAUUAAGAAGCAGCCAUAUGGUUUCAUUUCUGGAGAUAAAUGUCAUGCUCAAUCAAAAGAGAUCUACCAGAAAUUAGACGAGUUGAUGCUGGAGAUCUCAAAACAUGGUUAUGUUCCCCAGGAGAAAUUCUUGCUUCCGGAUGUCAAUGAACAGGAAGAGCGUGUAUUGUUGUACCACAGUGAGAAGUUGGCAAUUGCUUUUGGGCUUAUCAAUACUUCAGAUUGGACACCAUUGCAAAUUGUGCAGAGCCAUCGGAUUUGUGGUGACUGCCAUAGUGCAAUUAAGUUGAUAGCCCUGGUCACUAGACGUGAAAUUGUUGUGAGGGAUGCUAGCAGAUUCCACCAUUUCAAAGAUGGGAGUUGUUCUUGUGGGGACUACUGGUGAUCGUGAAAUAUCUUAUUUAGGAAUACAUUGAGCAUGGGUGGAUGAAGGAAUGUGACGAGCGCAGGUAGUUUGAGCAUCAGCAGCAAGGCAAAAACUGCCUUGGUUGAUCUUUGCUGCUUAUUGUGCAUUGGAGACUUCACUAAUUAAGAGUAUGGCAUCUUGAAGUGCUCGUUUGAAGAGCCUCAGGCCCGUGAGAAGGAAAAGCUUGCCAAGGCUUUGGCAGGAGGACAAGAAUCACCAUCUUGGCCUCAGAAAGAUCUCAUUUCUCAGUCACCCCACUUACUGAUGAAUCUCUGCCGUUGGUGGUAUGGGGAUGGGGCCACUGAUCAGCAUUCAUCCCAUUGAACCCAGUUGGAGACUUUGCAGAAAUGACCCAACCCCAGUGCAGAACAGUUGUGAAACAACCACUCUGGUUUCUUGAGUUGUAUGAUCUUUAAAUGUUUGAUGUUAAUGGAGAAUGCAACUUUCAGUUGUUGCAACCAUGUUGAAACUUACAGGGCUUGUGUCAAAGCUUAUGGAUAUAUAGGUUACUUCAAUUUGGACUCUUGAUUUGUUUCUAAGCUCAAUCCGAAUUAAGAAACAUUGAAUCUA